ACACACACGAACACUCACAAUGCAAUCCAACACCUCCGGAGCAGGCCUUUCCAACGUCGGCCACGGCGCCAUCUACGAAGCCGGUGACCAGCGCAACGUCCCCCAGUCCGAGAUCAACGAGCGCGAAAGGUACGAGGAGGGUCAGCACCGGAGUCACAAGAACAUUGAUUCGAAGGACGACCGCUCCAUCGCCAACAAGCUCGCCGCUCAGUCACAGAAGACCGAUUCGUCCAAGGCAUCGGGUUCGGGCUAUGACCCUGAAGCUGAAUUGAGCAAGAAGAACCCCGAGGCGCCGGCCGUGCUACACGGACACGAACCCUCUCGGGGCGCCCAGGUCGACCACGACCUCCAGAAGGAUGAUGAGUUGAGACUGCGCGAGAAGGGUAUCAAUUAAAUAGGUGCAUGAGUCUUACGAUGUCGUUUAUGAUUGUUUAGCAUUUUUGGUUGGGUUGUGUAUCAUUAGAUUUGCCAUGGUCUCAUGACUUGUAUCUUAAUAAUGGAGAU